AUGUCGCUAUCUCUAGAUACUGUUCUUCAGGUGAUUGAGAUUGUAAAUAAGGCCGUAGAGGUGUACCAGCGGAUUCAAGAUGCGCCGGAGCAAAUGCGGCGCAUUGGCAAGCGGAUGGAGCGACUACGGUCGCUUCUAGGCCACCUAGAACAGCUGCUUCGCCGUGAGGAGAAGCGUGCUCUAGCACGCCUCCGUCCCGCGCAGACGGAAGACCUCUUAGCCAUCAUGGAGGACAUACGUGAUGAUUCCGCCAAGGUCGACGCCCUCUUCCACAAAUGGGACAAUGAUAUCGGGCCAUUUGGCUUCCAGUUCCGUUUCAAAACCAUAGCACAGGCCUACUUUGCUCUUGGAAGCAGCUCAGAGAAACUCUCCUCGAUCGCUGAUGACAUCGAGCUGCACCGUCAAGACCUACGCGACUAUCUCCAACUGAUGGGAUGUGUCGGUAUCAAUGAGCUACUCGUUGCGGGCCCUGCUAACUCGGCUCCUAAGGCCGGAGCGAGACCUUCUCCAUCCCCGGCUACGCCUCUGCGAACAGAUUAUAAGAUCAUCUUUAUUGAUCCACAUAACGUUGCACGCAGUGUCGCAUGUGAGGCUUUGACGAAACUGCUUCGAGAAUGGACCGUGAGAACAGGCGGCGAUUGGCGAAUCAAGCUCAUCCACUCGGCUGGGUUCUUUGUAAAGAGCAGAAGUGAGGUCACAGACAUUAUCGACGGCCUGAAGUAUACUUACCCGUCAUACAAGAUGGGGCUCUCCGAAGGCAACGCAAAGCCCAAGGCAGUAGCUUCGGCGGCAGUGUUCGACAACAAGCUAUAUGAUUACCCCUACAAAAAGGCUAUACAGGAGGAGAUAUCUGCCCGCAGAUCUAGAGGGUUGUCGAAAGAUGUGUUCAAAACUUACGAUUACAUCAUCGUCUUCACGUCACGCGAGCAUGACAACAUGGUGAAGCUGCGCAAAGCACUCACUGCCAGAGACGGUAAAGAAGCAGCGCCGAAGGGCAUGGGAAGAGUCCUUCACCUGGGGCAUUAUCUCACCCUGGAUGGUAUUCCCAGAGAGAUAGUCGAUGCCCCGAAAAACAAAGAUGGGACAGAGAGCAGAGAUAAUUGGAACUGGAAGGUGAGCCAGAUGAAAACUGCCAUCAAAGGUUUUCUAAAACAAGAGAUGCGAUGGACCCAGCCGCCGCAGACUGGAAAGGUGUCUUAA